AUGGUCCCCAGCCAGCAGAACGCUCGCUCCAAUCCACAAUCUGCCACCUCGCAGAGACGGUACAGUUCGUUCGAAGGAUUCCCCGGCUAUUCGGUACAGUCCCAUGACGCUCACUAUUCGCCUGCAACAUACGGCCAAUAUGCGAUGGCGGGCUCGCUCCCAGGGGCUUACCAGAACCCGAACCUCUCGAAUGAGCCCGGCUGGGUUGCUACUGUGCUGGAAGAAAUAAAGGAUCUUUUAAUUCUGACCGACGCUGGCGGCCGCAUAACUUAUGCCUCCCCAUCUGCGAAGCAGAUCACUGGCCGUGCAGCUAGACAGCUUGAAGGCACUGUCCUCGCCCACCUCAUUCAUGAUGACGAUCAGGCUGUUCUCAAGCGGGAGAUGGACAAGGCCAUCGCAAGAAAUCGGACCUUUCGCACGCAUGUGCGGCUUCAGAAGACCAGCAGCACCUACGCGCUGAUCGAGAUUUACGGACACCCCCAUAUUGCCCAUCCGAACGAUGCUCAGCCGCGAAUCACGGCUUCCCAAGAGCGCUGUCUCGGAUUCUUUCUCAUGUGCCGGCCCCAGCCGACCAAGAGCAGUUUACUCCUCGACUCCUUCCUUGAACAUAAGAUUGAGAAUGCGCGCUUAGUGCAGCAGAUCGCCAAACUCAAACAGGAAGAAAAGGAAGCGACCGAUGUAAAUCGUACACCCUAUACCAAUCGCGAUCCCGAAAAGACGUACCUGGAGACCCCCUCCGCCAUCCACGGCAUCCUCAGCGACCACGAAUCAAGCGAAACAGUUGCGGCAAAUUCAGAAGAUUCGGAAGGCAGUCCCGUGCCAGACCAUUCCAACGACCGAGCCCCCUUCGAAGGUCUUUCACAUAUCAGUGGGAUUGAGGUUAUGACGGGUUUACACUACAGCGAAGGCGAGCGGUCCCAGGGCAUUAGUACGGGGGCUUCUCAAGGCCGUUUAAUUCAAUGCGAUAUCGAUGUUACCACAUCCGCGGACCAGGCUCGAAGUGUCCAGGAGGGGGAUCGGCGGAAGAGACUCAAGGGGCAGCAUAUCUGCAGCGACUGCCAAACAGCCGACUCGCCUGAGUGGAGAAAAGGGCCCAACGGACCCAAAACCUUAUGCAACGCCUGCGGAUUACGGUGGUCCAAGAAAGAGAAAAAAACGCCAAGAGUCCUCUUGAAACUCGAUUAA